AUGGCUUGUUGCAACUCCGACUUCCUAGCCUACAAACACAACAUAUCUUGCAUUCUGAAUCAUGAAAAAUGUGAUAGGAGUGGAGCAGUAGAUUUAUGCGAUAGGAGGAAGUUAAUUCAAAAAUGGCUGCAAGAGCAAAAUUGUCACGCUCUCUCCUCUAUAGAAUACUGGAAUGCACCCUCCGACUACAGCAUUUCAUCUGGAAAUGUUACAAAUGGUGGUUUGAAGGUGGAUGGGUCCAAUAGGAACUCAAAAAUAAGGCGCCGAAUGAAGGCAGGUUCAGAGGUAUCCAAUGGCAGGCAGUGGUUGGGAUGGAGGACGAAUACAUGUUUCCUGCAAGUAACAAAGCAAUCUGAAACCCAUUUGGUUCACAAGGAGCUCACCACGGAAACAGCUGCAUUGGAGGCCUUAAACCAGCUGGCGUUACGGGUUGGGAACCAUGGAAGCCUUGUUGCGGUCUUAUACCUAAAGGUGAAAGAUAAAGUGAAACCAUUUACAGCAAUACCAUUUACAGCGAACAAAAUUUGA